CGCGGUAAGAAGAAGAAGAAGAAUUGUUCACGUGUUUAGAAUAAGUGGCCUGAAGUGGAAAAAUGGGGCGUUCGUCCAAAGACAAGCGUGAUAUAUACUACAGACUUGCUAAAGAGGAAGGCUGGAGAGCGAGAAGUGCCUUCAAACUUCUUCAGCUGGAUGAGGAGUUCAAUCUUUUUAAGGGUGUGAGUCGUGCUGUGGAUCUGUGUGCAGCACCUGGGAGCUGGAGCCAAGUCCUGAGCCGCAAACUUCGUGGGAAGGACAAGAGCGAGGAGGUGAAGAUUGUUGCAGUGGACCUGCAAGCUAUGGCCCCCUUGCCAGGUGUCACACAAAUUCAGGGAGACAUUACCAAGAUUUCUACAGCACAGGAGAUUAUUCGUCAUUUUGAAGGGCAGUCUGCAGAUUUGGUUGUGUGUGAUGGUGCACCUGAUGUUACAGGGCUUCAUGAUGUAGAUGAGUACAUUCAGGCACAGCUCCUAUUAGCGGCUCUGAAUAUAACCACUCAUGUCCUCAAACCAGGUGGCAACUUUGUGGCAAAAAUCUUCAGGGGGAAAGAUGUGACCCUCUUGUACUCACAGCUCAAGAUCUUCUUUAGUUCUGUAACCUGCGCCAAACCACGCAGCAGCCGCAACUCCAGCAUAGAGGCAUUUGUGGUGUGUCAGAAUUAUUCUCCACCCGAAGGUUAUGUUCCCAACAUGUCCAAUCCCUUACUGGAUCACUCAUAUGAUGUAGACUUUAACCAGUUAGAGGGACCAAACCGAAUAAUAGUCCCAUUCCUCGCUUGUGGAGAUCUUAGUGCUUUCGAUUCAGACAGGACUUAUCCGCUUCAGCUCGAUUCCUCUAAAGAGUAUCAGUAUCUACCACCUACCCAGCCUCCGAUUCGGCCUCCCUACCAGCAAGCUUGUCAGCUCCGCAAGAAUAACCUGUUAGCCAAAGAGGACUCACCCUCUGGUGCACAUGAUGAUGCUCUGUCUUCUUUAGACCUCAACACGAGUCAGGACCCAGACACGGUGACAUCAGAAACACACUAACGUCAUUGAACAUUUUGUACAGAUAACCUUCUAUGUUAUAUUCUCUAUUGUUUUAUUGUGAAUGAACAACGGUUCUUUUUAAAGUUUUCAAGAGGCUGCUUAUGAAACUCAUUUUAUGAUUUUAUAAAUAGAACAAAGCCCUCUGUGACUUCACCUAAAAAUCUGAAACAUGACAAAGAUUCUUGAUAAAACUUAACAAACGGGUUCCAUUUAUAAACAUGAGUAAUGCAUUAUGAGCUAACAAUGAGCAAUAUAUUUUUUAAAUAAUUUAUUUAGCUUUAAUGUUAGUUCAUAUCAAUAAAAUGUUUGUGCAACUAAUGUUAGCAGAUACAAAUCUACAUUUUAAAAAUGUCUUUGUAAAUGUUGAAAUUGACAUUAAAAUGCCAUAGAAACACUAUAUUUUUCAUUAUUCAUGCUACUAAUUAGGUUUACUAAUGUUAUGAAUUGGAACCCUAUAAUUAAGUGUUGCCAUUUUCUCAUGUGUCUUAGAAACGGAUUUUUGACUUUUAACUCUAUGACAUCUUAUUAAAGACAACUUAAACAAAAAUCUAACAAAUGCUUUUUUAUUUGUAAAUGUUAACACUUAAAACUGAAGUCUGUGUCCAAAGUCAGUCCUGGAGGGCCGGUGUCCUGCCGAGUUUAGCUUCAACCCCUACGGCUUUGGUUGAGCAGAUUUUGCUGUGCUAACAGGCUUUAAAGUCGAACAAAAGUGAAAAAUCAACCUGCAAAUAGCUCAUUUAUCGUUUUUUUUAUAUAAAGCUGCAAUGAGAAAGCAUAUUAUUGCAAAAAAUGCACACAAGUUGACUUAUUUUAGAAACUCAAUGACUUCUUUUAGACACUCAGAUCUUUAACAAUGCCAAGACUCUUCAAUAUGAAAAUAACUUUUGAA